CCUCCUCUCCUCCUAUAGCUUGCAGCUCUGCUCUGAGGCAGGCUGCUACUGAAACUGACACCCACAGGGUUAAACCUAGUGGCUGAGCUAUUCCUCCUCCCCCCCAGUCCCCCUUUUCACUGUAGGCUGGCAGCAGUCCUAACUGCCUACUGAAGCCAAAUGCUUGAGGAGAGGGGAAGUAAGGAACUAGCCAUGAAUCCUUUCCAGAAAAAUGAGUCCAAAGAAACUCUUUUUUCACCUGUCUCUACUGAAGAGGUGCUGCCUGGACCUCCAAGCCUUCCAAAGAAGUCACCUCCGAAAAUCUGUGGCUCCAGCUAUCCACUCAGCAUCGCCUUCAUUGUGGUUAACGAAUUCUGCGAGCGUUUUUCCUAUUAUGGCAUGAAAGCUGUGCUGACCCUGUAUUUCCUGUAUUUCCUGCACUGGAAUGAAGACACCUCCACAUCUGUGUACCAUGCCUUCAGCAGCCUCUGCUAUUUCACUCCCAUCUUGGGAGCAGCCAUUGCUGACUCGUGGCUGGGAAAAUUCAAGACAAUCAUCUAUCUCUCCCUGAUCUAUGUUCUUGGCCACAUAUUCAAGUCUUUGGGUGCCAUACCAAUACUGGGAGGAAAAAUGCUACAUACGAUCUUAUCAUUGGUUGGCCUGAGUCUAAUCGCUCUGGGAACAGGAGGUAUCAAACCCUGUGUGGCAGCUUUUGGCGGAGACCAAUUUGAAGAAGAACAUGCAGAGGCACGGACUAGAUACUUCUCAGUCUUCUACCUCUCCAUCAAUGCAGGGAGCCUGAUUUCUACGUUCAUCACACCCAUGCUGAGAGGAGAUGUGAAGUGUUUCGGAGAAGACUGCUAUGCGCUGGCUUUUGGAAUUCCGGGACUGCUCAUGGUACUAGCACUUGCUGUGUUUUUGAUGGGAAGUAAGAUGUACAGAAAACCACCUCCUGAAGGGAACAUAGUGGCUCAAGUUAUCAAAUGCAUAUGGUUUGCUCUCUGCAACCGCUUCAGGAACCGUUCUGGGGGCGUCACGAAGCGACAGCACUGGCUAGACUGGGCAGCAGAAAAAUACCCAAAGCAUCUCAUUAUGGAUGUGAAGGCACUGACCAGGGUACUGUUCCUUUAUAUCCCACUGCCCAUGUUCUGGGCUCUUUUGGACCAACAGGGUUCGAGAUGGACACUGCAAGCUAACAAAAUGGAUGGGGAUUUGGGAUUUUUUGUGCUCCAGCCGGAUCAAAUGCAGGUACUAAAUCCCUUUCUGGUUCUUAUCUUCAUCCCAUUGUUUGACCUUAUCAUUUAUCGGCUGAUCUCCAAGUGUGGAAUCAACUUCUCAUCGCUUAGGAAAAUGGCUGUUGGUAUGAUCCUAGCAUGCCUGGCAUUCGCAGUUGCAGCACUUGUAGAGAUAAAAAUAAAUGGAAUGGCCCAUCCCCAGCCAGCUUCCCAAGAGAUUUUCCUACAAGUCCUGAACUUGGCAGAUGGUAAAAUAAAGGUGACAGUGCUAGGAAGCAGAAAUAAUUCUCUCCUGGUGGAGUCCGUCAACUCUUUUCAGAACACAACACACUAUUCCAAACUGCACCUGGAAACAAAAAGCCAAAAUUUACAUUUUCAUCUGAAGUAUAACAACUUGUCUGUCCACAAUGAGCAUUCUGUAGAAGAGAAGAACAGUUACCACCUGGUUGUUCAUGAGGAUGGGGAAAGUAUCUCCAGUAUGCUGGUAAAGGAUACAGGAAUCAAACCAGCCAAUGGGAUGACAGCCAUCAGAUUUAUUAACACUUUGCAUAAAGACAUCAACAUCUCCUUGGGCGCAGGUGCUCCUCUCAGUGUGGGCAAAGACUACGGAGUAUCUGCAUACAGAACUGUGCCAAGAGGAAAGUACCCUGCAGUGUACUGUGAGACAGAAGACAAAAGCGUUUCUCUUGAUUUAGGUCAUCUAGACUUUGGUAUAACGUAUUUGUUUGUGAUCACUAAUAUCACGAAUCAGGGUCUUCAGGCUUGGAAGACAGAAGACAUUCCAGCCAAUAAACUAUCCAUUGCGUGGCAGCUACCACAGUAUGUCCUGGUCACAGCGGCAGAGGUCAUGUUCUCUGUCACAGGACUUGAAUUUUCUUAUUCUCAGGCACCGUCUAGCAUGAAGUCUGUGCUCCAGGCAGCCUGGUUGUUGACCGUUGCCAUUGGGAAUAUCAUUGUGCUUGUAGUGGCACAGUUCAGCGGCCUGGUACAGUGGGCUGAAUUUGUUUUGUUUUCCUGCCUCCUGCUGGUGGUCUGCCUGAUCUUCUCCAUCAUGGGCUACUACUAUGUUCCUCUAAAGUCAGAGGGUGUCCACGAGCCAGAAGAGAAGCGGAUUCCUCACAUCCAGGGGAAUAUGAUCAACCUGGAAACCAAGAAUACAAGGCUCUGACCACUCACCGGACUGAUAACUGGUUCCUGCCACUGACUGCAGCCAUCACUUACCUUCAAGCAUAUUUUUUCCCCUCCUACCAGAUUAGGAGAAGGAGAUAACAUUUUAUCUGAGUGGAUCUCCUCCAUUUUUUUUCCACCACAACAGAGGCAAUUCUAGGACUAGGUUCUUCAGGUGCAUCUUUAAACAAGGAUCCAAGACUUUGCAUCCUCCGGGCUGUUGAUAAACUUAGUAAACAUUAGGCAAUGUAUCACAAGCUGGCCCAGGAUCUCCACAUGCCCAUGAAAAGACAAAUGUGUGAAAGAGAUAAGUCUCUGUGGGUAUGGUAUUCCAAGUUUCUUUAUCAGUAGUGUGAUUGCACUAAUUCAUGAAGAUGUCAAAAUGGUAUGAUGUAAUCUUAGAGCUUUGCUUGUCAGCUAGCAAGUUUAAUAUGAUUUUAGAUGGCAAGCGACAGAACGACACUUUAUCAACAGAUGGAAGAUACAUCUUUCUGCUGUAUUGGAAAGAUACAGCGUUUUAUCUACUUAUCCAAACAUCCCUUUCUCAGCACUGACAGAUCCUGGAGACCACAAUUAAAGACAGUAAGGACAGUCAUGGAGAUCCAGGAAUGCAUAUAAAUUACUCAUUUUCCUUUACUGCACAUUCCUCUAAAGAAUUCUGUUUCUGUCCUGGGCUGUGCUCUUCUGUGAACAUCUGUCUAAGAAACUAAUGAAAACUUUGCAACCCAGCCUUUUCAAUGUUGCUGGAGCAGCUUUAUCUUACUGGUACAUUUUAUUUGCUUAUUACAGCAAAUCUUUCAAUAACAAAAUUUUUUUUCUAAUCAACUUCCCUUAAUUUUUUUUCUGUUUAGCUUCUUUGUUAUGCAUUUUUACUUCUUCCGUAAUUUUUGUUUACAUUUCUCCCUUUAGCCUUAGAAAUGUCCUGUUUAUUGAAAAGGGAUACUAAUGUCCUAGGUUUGAAGCUCUAAAUCAUACUAUUCAACAGAUUGGCAAGGUCCUGCAUGGGAAAACUAUCAGACUCUGUGGGGGUGGGCAGAGAAGGUUCAGUUUCCAUUUGCGUGUGUGAACAAAAGAGUUGACAGACAUUAUCUCACAUGCAGUGUGUGAAUCGGAACAAGCCUGGGGUUAUCAGGACUGUGCCAUGUGUCGCUAGGAGAAAAUAUUCUCAGCCUCUGAAUGAAAGACCUCAUUUCUACUCCUCUUGUUCUCAUCUGUAGCCAAGUUGGAUUGCACACUAUUAAUAAUGUAAUAUAUUCUUAAGAGAAUUUGCUCCAGUUCCUCAAGCUUUAAAUACUUUAGUUUUAAUGACUAAAAUUUCAGAAGCAUAGAAGAUGCUGCAACACCAUCCAGUUUCCCCAGAUACCCUGAUGGGAACCUGUCCAAACUCCUUCAGAAGCUGUUCAUCUUUAAGAAGCUUUAACUCAAACUAUUUUAUGAAUUUUGUUGUCAGAGUGGUUAACACUGAUCUGUGAAUAAAAGUUUUUGUGAACAAGUAA